AUGUUUUUGGCACGGUGGGGAUGCAAGGGGAACCCAAGGCCAAUGAUCCACGGGGCUCCAUGGCGCCGACGUUUUGUACAGUGGGUGUCCAAGGUGACCAUCUUGGAAAGAAUGCCACACCCUGACUCAUGGGUGGUAGACCCUUACAGGAUGAUCCCUCUCAUCUUGUUGCCCACAGUCCAGGAGCCGCUCAAAAAACUGGGCAUACAGAUCCCAGAGGAUGGGUGGCAGAAUGGGGUCCGGCACUUGUCAGGACUUUACAGCUUGAAGGCCAACAAAAAGGUGCAGGGUACGUCUAUGAGCAACACACUGAUUGCUGAGCGCACAGCUUUUGCGCAGCACCUGCUGAAGGAAGCCGAGAGGAAGUUCCCAGGGUUUGUGGACCUGCAGACGAGCAGCACUGUGGAGGCCAUCGACUUGGAUGGCCAGACUGUUACUUACCGCACAGGUGACGGAGUGACCCCCAGAAUCCUCCCCUAUGACCUGCUGGUGGGUGCUGAUGGAAUUGAAAGUGUGGUCCGAGCAUCGAUUGCGGUGACCAACCCGAGGUUGGUGUCCAAGGUGACAAAAGCCAGAGGUGACUAUGCGCAUUUCCUAGUCCCCUCCAUAGGCAAACCGGGUGAUGAUUCGUCGGAGCUGGUCCAGCAGGGGGAGUUCGUGGCAGUGAGUUACACAAAGCCAGCAAAAGGUGCAAACUUCGGCCCAGACAUCCUUCGCUUUUACAGAAAUGCUGAUGGGAUCAUUGCUGGCAUUGUUGGAGGUGCACUGGGUUGCUUGGAGGCCAUCAGUGGCCGGGAGGAGGAAUGGCUGCAAGCGGUGGUGCCUGAGGUGUUCCCAUCAUCAUGGGUAAAACCUGUGGCUGCAGGAAUGCAUGGGCCCGCAUCGAGCACCACUGACAUCGUUGAGCUUUCGUCCAUUGCUGCCCCCAGGGUGGUGCUCUUGGGCGACGCAGCACACCCCAUUACGCAAGGGCUUGGCUUAGGCUGCACUUCAGCUUUGUUGGACGCAGACGAACUGGACAAGGCCAUGGAGCAGUGCUCUGGCGACUUGAAAAGGGUCCAUGAAGUGUACAAUAACAUCAGAUUCAAGGACGUGCGGGCCUUGGCAGAAUUUGAAAAGUGGGUUCAAAAGCAAGCACAGCUUGAUUUGGCCGACCGCUUGUGGAAAAUUGUCUUCAUAGCCAAUGUUAUAGUUCACCAGCUUGGCUACAAAGUACUACCUGCUCUGGUGCCCCUGCCGCCAGUAGCAUUGGCUGUGAGGGGUGUCAUAUCUUUCCGGGCUGCAAAACGGCGUAUGGUGGUGGAGUCUGCAAUCUUCUUCGUAUUGGUUGCCAUCGCACUGUUGAAGUUGCUGCUGGCUCACUAG